AUGACGCAUCAAAUCUUAGGAAGAACAUCCGCUUACGUCUUCACCAUCGAGUUCCAAAAGCGAGGUUUACCGCACAUGCACCUAUUAGUGAUUAUGUCGCCAGCGAACAAGAUUCACAGCGCUGAACAACUUGACGAUUUUAUCUCGGCGGAAAUUCCAGAAGAUGUUCCGGAACUCAAGGAACUGAUCUCGAAAUUGAUGAUCCAUAACCCGUGUAGUGAUAUGAACCCAAGCGCUCCGUGCAUGGUCAGCAAACAUGGAAGAGACCAGUGCAGAUGGGGAUUUCUAAUGGAACAUCAAGACAUGACAUCGCUGGUGGACGAUGAAAAGCCGAGGUAUCGCCGACGCUACAAUCCGUUGUUGGAUCCAAUGAACCCAGAAUUCUCGCAUGAGCAAGACAUCUACAGGAAAGACUGCAACGGCCAACGCGUCACCACAGACAACCGCCACGUCGUCCCGUACAACGCCUACCUGCUCAAGAAGUAUCAAUGCCACAUCAAUGUCGAAUUCGUCGGCAGCAUCGGACCGGUGAAAUACCUCUACAAGUACAUCAACAAGGGCCAUGAUUGUGCUACGAUAAAGGCCGUCGAAAACCUGCAGACGAUCAUCUACAACGAGCCGGAGAAGUACGUGGAAGCUCGCUAUAUCUCACCAGUUGAAGCAUGUUGGCGCCUAUUCAAGGAUUUCGAGAUCCAAACGAAAAGCCACACCGUCGUUCGACUUGACAUUCACCUACCCGGACAAGAUGGCGUUAACUUGGACCAAACGCCAGUUGACCUUGCCGAUAUUGGACAGAAGGGAUCGACCUUAAGGGCUUACUUCCGCCAUAACACCGCGCUGAAAGAAGACGAAGCGAACGGAAAGGCAGUCACCUACCACUAUUACCAUGAAAUGCCGGAGCACUACCGAUGGAUUGGCCAGGCGAGCACUUGGCAGAAGAACGUGAAUGCUUGCAGCAGAAUUGGUCGCGUACAUCCAGUCAACUUCGUUUCCCAGCCAGAACUUUUCUUCCUGCGCACGCUUUUGUUCCACGUCAAAGAACCAACGAACUUCAGAGACCUCUACAUUGUCGACGAGACAAAAAGAGAAUUGAACGAUAAAGAAUGGCUUUUAAGAAUAGAAACUCCGUAUAUCUACAUUGAGAGAAGAGGUCGCAAGUGA